AUGAACAUCAUUAGAGAAGCUAUAAUGGAAGAGUACGAGAUAUCUAGAUCUGUGUUACAGCUACGUGUGAAUGGUCGAGAUGUUGGAGAGGAUGAUGAGCAGGAUAUUAUUAAGAGUUCUUUAAAGAAUAUUGCCAAAGUAAAGAUAACAACUAUACCAACAUCAUCAAAUCAUUAUUUUAAAGAUUCAUUAUUUAGAAUAUCAAUGAUAUCAAUAUUACACCGUGAAGAUGAUAAUGAAAGUGUAAUGAAUUUAUUGAUGACUUGUAAAGAUGCUAUGAAAUGGAAGGAUACCGUUGUAUUCCCAAUAUUACCUUCUAUUAAUACUAUAGAAUUGUACAAGAAUAAUGGAAGAAUCAAUCAACUACCUCGACGAUUUAACAGAGUAUACAUAGAGAGUAUUAAAGAUCGAGAUUAUUUCAAAGAGAAUGUCGAUGGUUUAAUCAAUCACCAUUGUAAAGAACUAAACUAUCACAUUAAUGAACCAAUACCAGCUGGAUUCAUACCGGAUCACUUUAUAAAGAUUCAAGUUUAUGGAGAGUUAGAAGUUGGAUCAAUACCACCAUUUACAACUCAUCUCUUGAUUGGGUCAUCCCGAUACCCACAAGAGAUAUAUAAAGAACUGUUCCCAGAUACAUUAGAGAUGCUCGAUACCGCGUACGGAGUGAUUGGGGAACACUCAGACAUUGACGAUCUUUUACCACACAAUAUAAGAGUGCUUUUUAUCGCAUCCAAUUUAGUGCAUCCCUAUCUCUUUAAGCUCAAGAAACUAUAUUUAAUGACCACUUAUGAUAUUAAAGGUAGUAACCAGCACGAAUUACAUGCGAAUAUUCGCAUUGGAAGUAUACCCAAUACAAUCGAGUAUUUAUAUCUCAACAAUUGUACAGUUGAGAGUGGAUACACUCUUCCAUCAAGUAUCAAGUACUUUUCAAUCAACCUCACUAUAAACUCACCUCGAUGCAUUCCUCCCUCUGUCGAGUACCUAUUUCUUGUUUGUGACGAACCCACAACAAUCUUGGCAGGAUGGAUUCCUUCAUCAGUAACAGAUCUCAGAUUAGAGGGCCAAUUGAAACUAACAGUAGGAUGUAUCCCGUCGUCAGUCACUACAUUGGUACUGACUGGUUUUGAUGUCUCCCCACACGCUUCAGUCAUCCCAAAUAGCGUUUCCACACUAUGGACCAAUACAUUAAAGUGUCGACUCGAUACAACUCUCUAUCCAAAUAGUAUCAAGUAUUUUGGUAUUUACGGUAACUAUGCUUUCCCACUCAAAUCAAGUAUUCCACCAUCGACAAAAUAUUUUGAUUACCAACCCAUAUCCACAUCAGAAUCUAAAUUCAAUGUCAAUGGUAAUAUUCCAAAUGGAGUAACUCAUAUUAGAUUGGGUGAUGGUUUUGAUAGAGCAUUAGCUCGAAGAUAUAUUCCAGAUAGUUGUGAGUAUUUGCAUGUAUCCUACAACUAUAAUCAAGCACCUCUUUGGAAGACUGUACCAAAGAAUUUGAAAACGAUCCAUUGCAAUCCAAAGUGUACAAAUAUUAGCAAAAUUAUUCCAGCAUUCAAACAAUCUCAUAAAAACUGGCCACAUGAAGGAGGGAGUGAAUGGGAUGCAAACUUUAGAUACAUUGAUUUAUGGAAAAAGGACGACUGGCAUUUAAAUAUUUAA